AUGGAGGCGCUCGGGGUCCUUGCCCUAGUGUGCAACAUCACACAGCUGGUGGAACAAGGUGUGACCUUGACAAGGCUGUACAGCCAGAUCUCGGAGAAUGGCUCGACGGCAGAUGUUCAGCGUUUGAACGAGCUCAGCCAACUCACGGAAGAGAUCGAUAAAAGUUGUUCACGUAGCUUGCAGCCGCGGCCUCUGAAUGUUCUUGAACAGCAGGUUGAAGAAUGUGCCAGCAAGAGCCUUAAGAACGCCAAGGACUUGCACGAUAUAGUUCGCAAGAUACAGUACAGCGAUGGUAAAGCGAAGAAGGAAAGAAACCCUGCGAGUAAGCUACUGAGAAGUGUACGCAGCCGUUCGCAGGUUCAAUUUCUCCAGAAAGAAUUCUCGGAUCUUCAGCUCAUGCUUCAGACGUCCUUGUUGGUCAGCAUGCGAGAGCACAUCUUACGAUGUGACGAUGAACAAGCUCUCAAAAUUGCCGAGCUAGAUGAGAAUGUUCGCAAGAUGCUCGAUGGUGACUGUCGGUGCGCAAGCAAGGCAAUGGAUGCAGUGGCGAGAACGCAAGACUUGCUAUCGAAGCAGAUCAUUGAUGCUGAGUCAAGCAUCAAACGGAAGAUUGAUUCCGCUCAAGCAAGGACUGAGCAGCACUUCGAGCAAAUUAUUUCUACAGACCAACAGCGCGCUGCGGUAGAACGCAUCUCUAAGAGCCUCUAUUUCGAAGGAAUGCAGGAAAGAGAGAAUAUGAUACAGGCUCGAAUUUUUGACUACGGCAAGACCACAAGCUGUUUGCUUUCCGACCAACGACACGUCAAUGCCUGGGAUUGGCGGGUUGAGAAACAGCGUGAUCAGAUGCAUCAGUCGCGUUCCAUUCUCAUGAGCUGGUUGCGGUCAGGCAGCGGAAAAUUUUACAUCUCAGGAAAACCUGGGGCUGGCAAAUCAUCACUGAUGAGCUUCUUACGGCAGAGUCUGCCUGAAGAUGGUCCUGCCCACCAGGACCUAGCUCGUUGGGCCUCUCCAAAAUCUCCGGUGGUGCUCAGCUUCUUCUUUUACAAACCUGCCACAAACAGGUUGAUGAAAUGUUUCGAAGGCCUGUGGAGGUCUCUGAGCUAUCAGAUCCUGGAUGAGGAGCCUGAAGUCCUUGCCAGAAUUGUCUUAGAUGAGCGAUGUCCAAGAAAGUUACGGAACGCACUUGACCCUGCUCGCUCAUUCACACUCAGCUGGACCAACAAUGAACUCAAGAGUUUCUUUAUCUACCUGCUAUCUAAGGGGGACAAGAAAUACCUGGUAAUGCUUGAUGGUUUGGAUGAAUUCCAAGAAUACGGCGGCGGUGACCACGGCCAUCAAACAUUGUUGGACUGUAUCAGUGAGAUUCUUUCGGUGUCUAACAAAGUUAAGUUCCUGGUUUCUGCAAGACCUGACGAACCUUUCCGCAACGAGCUGAAAAGCUGUCCCACAGUCAGAUUACACGAUGUCAACUUCCAGGACAUACUCUUCUUCAGCCAGCAAUGCCUAAAAGGUACCAUUGCCGGCGGUUAUGCAAAACGUAUUGCUUCGCGGGCGGACGGUGUCUUUCUAUGGGCUCAUCUUGUGGCGAAUGAUCUUGCCAGAGCUGCUAAACGUAACGCAUCCCAGGAAGAGCUCUCGAAACGCUUCGAUUCAUGUCCAGGCGAGAUGAACGAACUCUUCUCACAAAUGCUGGCUCGGCAGGAUGACUACUUCAAGAAACAAAGUGGGCCCUUCUUCCAGCUUGUUGACUUCUGUGUGCGACGGGAAUUGCACAUCUCCUUAUUCGAAAUACUCUUAGCAACAAGACCACUUGAUGAGCUGGUCAUCAAGAUGAAAUCGGGCUUCGAUCCAGCUUUUCUAGCGGAGCUUGAACACAGGGCUGAAGGGUUUGAAGAAGAAAUUCUUAGCAGAUCUGCUGGCUUGGUUCAAAUCACCGAUUAUGAUCCCGCGCGGUCGAUGGUCUUGGAAGCCCUACCAGACACCACCUCUAUGCGAGCACUACUCGACCGUGAGGUUACAUAUAUCCAUACAACGGCACAAGACUACCUCGCCGAGGAAGGGCGCUGGUUUCUGGAAAGUUAUUUAUUGUCGGAAACCGAGACUGUUCACAUGCUAGGUGCGGUACUCAUUGGGUGGCUGUGCCUAAGCUCUAGACUGAACACAAAAUGUUUCAAAUGGUGGGAAUGGCAACGAGCGUUAUCACAUUCCCUGAACUACAUCGACCGAUUCAUGGAAGCCGCAGCACAUCGUCAAACUCUCUUUGCAAUGAUGAAAAUGCAAAUUGAGCUCCUCGAUCGACAACAAGUGGCUCCUGAUAACAUCUUGUAUAACCCUCUGUCGCCGGGCGAACCAUUCCGAUCGGCAUUGCUGGCACUCAACUUGCCCAGGGGAAUUUUGAUCGCUGUCGAUAUCGCGUGCUGUGGUCAAAACCAUGAAUUCUAUGAAGGCAUUUUUAAGCAUUAUGUGUCACCCCAGUUCAAGGCUUGCGAGACACAACUUCGUGACUUAGCAGUGGCGUAUACAUUUUGCUUGCUAUGUGAUCACGUCUAUUACAAGCUCGACUUGCUGUUAUUCGACUUGCUCGACCUGACCUCAUAUGCUGUCCAACCAUGUGGAGCGCUCAGAAUGGGUCACAACAAAUCAAAGCGUCUGAUCUGUGGUCAAUCCUUGUGGCAGCACUUCAUCGGCUGGAUAUUCCCUAGACUUGUGUCGAGGGACGAGUCCGAUCUUGCGGUGGAGCUUGCAAAGGCAUUUGUCAAACGGAAAGCUCCACUCGAGGCUACUGUCGGUAGUAUAAGUUUGCUAGAAUCAGGUUCUGGAAAUGUCUUUGCGUUUCCAGCGGUGGCAGUGUGCCUGGAUCUUGCCAACAUCCAGCAAAUCUCUGAGUACGCGAGGUUCGGCGAGAACCUGAUCAUCGUUCAGCGAUGGGCUCCAGAUGUGCUAGCUGCGAAGGGCCGUUAUACUGGAAAUUCUGUCGUACGCUAUUGUAAACCUUGGCGAUGCAGGUGGCUCGAUAUCCCUAUCCACCUUCAGGCGGCCUUUGCCCUCGAACUAUAUGGUGCGGGACCCCAAUGCGCUUAUAUCAUCGAAAGAGUACCAGGACUGAAGCGGGAGCGGUGGUAUGAAGGAUCGGGAGAUCUCUCGGCUCAAAGGUGCUUGGACGUUCUACGGUGGGAGAGUUUGUCACUUGACAAGAUAUACCCCGGCAGAGUGGUCUCAUACAACAAGGUCAAAGCCAUGGGGAAACCGGCCAUGUAG